UCCCUCCGAAUUACCUGCAAAUUGCCCGCUCUCUUGAACUAUCGUUGUUGCGAUGCGACUCCUUUACUUUGAUGGUUCCGGGCGACUCGCCUGGACAAAUUUCAGCCAGAAAACAAUUCCGCCAUAUGCUAUUCUUUCUCACACCUGGGGCGAUGACGAGUUUCUCUUCGAAGAUCUGGCAAAUGGCACUGGACAUGGCAAGGCUGGCUAUGAAAAGAUUCUGUUCUGCGGCGAACAAGCGGCUCGUGACCAUAUACAGUACUUCUGGGUCGACACUUGUUGUAUUGACAAAUGGAAUCUCCGCGAGCUCUCAAACGCAAUAAACUCCAUGUUCCGGUGGUACAAGAAUGCAGCAAGAUGCUACACUUUCCUCUCGGAUGUGUCGACGCCUAUGGCAGAUGCACAUCUGCACGAGAGUACAUGGGAAGCAUCCUUUCGAAAGAGUAGAUGGUUUACUCGAGGCUGGACGCUUCAAGAACUCCUAGCUCCAGCAUCAAUCGAGUUCUUUUCCUCAGAUCGUCAGCGACUCGGGGACAAAGACUCCCUCGAGCAGCAGAUCUAUGAGAUUACUCGCAUCCCGGUUACAGUGUUACGGGGCGAUCCUCUCGACAAAGUUAGCGUUCCCGAGCGAAUGGCAUGGAUGGCGGGCCGCCAGACAACGCAAGAAGAAGAUAUGGCGUACUCUUUAAUUGGAAUUUUCGGUGUGUCCAUGGAGUUUAGAUACGGCGAAGGAAUAGAGAGAGCACAGGAGCGACUCCAGGAGGAAAUGGAGAAAGCUAACACCGCGCCGUUUAUCGUACCAUUUGACCAAAACGCUCGAUUUACUGGUCGCGAAUCGCAACUGGCCGAGCUGGAAGGAAAGCUCUUCGUCGGAGCAUCAACUACAAAGGUCGCAAUUACAGGCCCGGGUGGGAUAGGCAAAACACAGCUAGCGCUGGAGUUGGCGUACAGAAUCAGACUAGAGCUUAAGAGCUGCUCAGUCUUCUGGAUAUCUACAAGCGAUGAGGAGAGCCUCUAUCAAUCGUAUGCGCACAUUGCUCGACGGCUUAAUAUUCUAAAUGAGAAGGCAGAUGUCAGGAAGCUGGUACAAAUCCACUUAAGCAACAAGAGCGCAGGGCACUGGCUCCUUAUUUUUGACAACAUGAACGAGGCUCAGGCAGUCGGCCUAAUGGAGUUCCUACCAAGCUCUGCGCAGGGGGCUAUUGUCUUCACAACAACUGACAGGGAGACAGCAGCAAAACUGGCACCACGAAGUAUUGUAGAGUUGCCAGAGAUGGAACAGGACAUGGCUCGAAGAAUGCUGGAGACGUGUUUGGUCAACCCGGUGAAUGAGAAAGAGAAGGUAGACCUCUUGCUGAAACGGCUGGAGUACCUCCCUCUAGCUAUUGUGCAUGCAGCAGCCUACGUCAACGUCAACAAAACAACGCUUCAAGAAUAUCUAUCACUACUAGCUAAGAAAAGGGAGGGGUCAGUUGAACCUCUUUAUCGGAAAUCUGAGAACAUAAUAGCUGCAACCUGGCUUAUUUCGUUCAAGCAGAUUCGUCGCCACGAUGCUUUGGCAGCUAAGUAUCUACUCUUUAUGGCGUGUGUGAACCGAAGCGAUAUUCCGCUUGCUCUUCUCCCGGCAGCCUCAUCGCAUGAGCAGGGAAGACAUGCAGUAGGAACCCUCAACAAUUACUCAUUUGUCACCAAACGAACGGCUGAAUCGGCGCUGGACAUCCAUCGACUAGUGCAUAUCUCGACACGCAACUGGCUUAGAAAAGAGGGAUUGCUGAGUCAACAAAGUCAAAUAGCGAUCAGGCGUCUGCUUGUGGUGUUCCCACACAAUAAUCAUGGGAACAGAAGCAAGUGGAGACGAUUGCUUCCGCAUGCUACGUUUGCUCUGUCAUCUGGCCUCACUGGACAAGAGCAUAGUCAUGAGAGUAGAAACAAGUGGAGACGAUUGCUUCGGCAUGCUAAGUUCGCUCUGUCAUCUGGCCCCCCCAGAAAAGAGUUGGGAUGGAGAUGUGCCACUGCCUUGUACAAUGACGGGCGGUGGAAGGAGGCUGAAGAGCUGUUUGUGCAAGUGAUGGAGACGAGUUCGAGGGUGCUUGGGGACGAGCAUCCAGACACACUGACCAGCAUGGCCAACCUAGCGUCGACAUAUACGAAUCAAGGCCGGUGGAAGGAGGCCGAGGAGCUGUUUGUGCAAGUGAUGGAGACGAGGAAGAGGGUGCUUAGGGACGAGCAUCCUUCCACACUGACCAGCAUGGUUAACCUGGCGUCGACGUACAGGAAUCAAGGCCGGUGGAAGGAGGCUGAAGAGCUAAAUGUGCAAGUAAUGGAGACGAGAAAGAGGGUGCUUGGGGAGGAGCAUCCUUCCACGCUGAGCAGCAUGGCCAACCUAGCGUCGACGUACUGGAAUCAAGGGCGGUGGAAGGAGGCCGAAGAGCUAAACGUGCAAGCAAUGGAGACGACAAAGAGGGUGCUUAGGGAGGAGCAUCCAGACACGCUAACUAGCAUAGCCAACCUAGCAUCAACGUACAGGAGUCAAGAGCGGUGGAAGGAGGCCGAAGAGCUGUUUGUGCAAGUGAUAGAGACGAGAAAGAGGGUGCUUGGGGAGGAGCAUCCUUCCACGCUGAGCAGCAUGGCCAACCUAGCGUCGACGUACUGGAAUCAAGGCCGGUGGAAGGAGGCUGAAGAGCUGUUUAUACAAGUAAUAGAGACGACAAAGAGGGUGCUUGGGGAGGAGCAUCCUUCCACGCUGAGCAGCAUGAGCAACCUGGCGCAUACAUGGAAGUCCCAGAGCCAAAACACAGAGGCUAUCUUACUAAUGAAAAAGUGCGUUAAGCUACGGGGAAAGAUCCUUGGCCCCCUACAUCCUGAUACGGAGUCUUCGCUUAAUUUUCUAAAUAUGUGGCAGAUGGAUGACCUGGAGCUAGGUACUUAGAGCUACGCUAAUUUUUAAGAAUACAAAAUUAGUGCGAAUGCAAAAUAGUUUAUUGUGUAAGC